UUUUUUUUUUCCCAAAUCUUUAUUGAUUUUUCAUUAGAAAUAUAAGGUGGAGCAGUUUAAUCUGGCGAUGUUUUUGGAUAGAGCUAAUUAAAAUACAUCGGUCAGUAUUUUUAUUAUUACAAAAAAUAUACUUUUAUAGGCUGGGGUAGGGGGGGUCUCCUACCACUCACCAGAAACACAAACGAGUCCAUGAUUUUUCUCUCAUUGCACACAAACCGUCUAUAAGUAUAGCCGAACAUAACCGACAAAAUAGUCUGUUUAUCUCUACUGGCACAGUAUAUAGUAGCACAUUUUUGUAUAGCAAGCAACAGUGAUAAAAUGGGUUGUGCAUACAACAACAAAAGUAAACAUAGAAGUUUUUGUUAUUGCACGUAAAUUAACGUAAAUUAAUCAGUUUUCUUUGAUACAUAAUCAAAGUAGCAUUACAUCUCAAAGAAUUUUACUGUCAUCAAUGGCUUUUUUCUUCAAUGAUCAUAUUCACACUAAGUCUUUCACUCCAAGGGAGCAUCAAGUCGAGCUUCUUUACUCUGCGAAAGAGAAAAAUAUCAUAAUAUGCCUUGGAAAAAUCACAGAGCAAACUUUCAUUGUUACAAAAGUAAUUCAAGAACUCGCUAUAAACAAUAGAAGAACGUUAUCUCAUGAUGGAAAGAGAACGAUUUAUUUGUUAGAAAAUGAGGAGGCAUGCACUGAAAAAGCUAAUCAUAUCAAGCAGCUUACUGACUUGAAGGUUUUGAAGUGCAAUGAUGUUAAAGAUUUUGACUCUAAAGAAUUUUCUUCAAAUACUCAAGUCCUUAUUCUAACAGUCGACAUGUGCAGUAAGCUGCUACUGGCCAAUAAGAUAAAUCCAAAUCAAAUAAAUUUGCUUAUAAUUGACAAGUGUCACAAUUUAGUCACCAAUUGUAAACUUAGUAAAAUUUUAAAUAUUUUUAGAAACUGUGAUAGUACAACGAAAAUUAUUGGUUUUGCUGUGCCACUCUACAGUUUGACAAAAGAACCUGGGGCUCUGAGCUAUGAAAUAGAAAGAAUUGAAUCUUUGCUUCAAUGUCAAAUUGAAACUGCUAGUGAUUUAUUGUCCAUUCUAAGGUACAGUCCAAAGCCAAAGGAAUACUUGUUAGCUUAUAAAAUUGAAGAUAAAAAGGUUGUAGAAAAAGAUAUAACAGAUUUUACAUCUUUUACGCUGAAUUUUUUAUCUGAUCAUCGUUAUGAUCCAACAGAGAUUUAUAGUGAAGAGUUUUUAGAAGAUAUUAAGAAAAUUCCAAAUCCUGUUCAUAAACCUUGUCAAAUGAUUGAAGAGUUUUUGCGCAUUCUCAACACACUUGGCCUCUGGGCUGCAGAUAAAGCAGCCCUAGUGUUGUUAAUGUUGAUAGAAAAACUUAAAAUCAAAACUCCGUAUGAACGGCACUAUCUCUUAUUCAGUGUAGUAGCCACCCUAUUUUUGAAGAUACGAGCAUACUGUGAUGAUAUAUUUAGUGGUUUAACUGAGGCUGAGAAAAUUCUCAAGUUUUCUACUCCAAAAAUUCAUAGAUUGAUAGAAGUCCUCAAAACUUUUUCUCCUCCACCUAAAGAGGAAACUGUCACUCCCAAUAAUCGUGUAGAAAAAAAUGAUUCUGCAAAUACUAAAGAUCAGAAUCAUGACAAGUCAGUAAAAAAUCUUCACAAAAAAACGGAUGGAGGCUUCAAAAAGUUCAGACCAUUCCGCCAUUCACGUGGCUUGACUGAUCCAGAUUUGCUGUGCGGUGUUAUAUUUGUAGAUGAUGCUGUGACUGCAAAGGUUUUAUUCUAUCUAUUGAAUGAAAUGAGCAAGUGUGAAGAGAGUUUACAUUUUUUGUCUCCACUUUUUACCAGUGAAAAAUCAAACGAUGAACUCUUCUGUGGCAGAGACUUAGAAUUAGAGUACAGAAAACAAGAGGAAGUGCUAAAGAAAUUUCGAAUUCAUGAAUGCAACUUAUUGAUCUCAACAGCUAUCUUGGAGGAAGGAAUCGACAUUCCGAAGUGUAAUUUUGUGAUGAGAUUUGAAUUUCCAAAGAAUUACCAAUCAUAUGUGCAAUGCAAAAGCAGAGCAAGAGCCACAGAUGCCUUGCAUGUUCUGUUGGUGCCUGAAAUCGAGUCUGAAGUGUAUAUCCAACGCUUGGCUCAUUAUCACUAUAUAGAAAAAAUUUUAUUAUCAAAAUGUACAAGUAAAGAAGCCGAUGAGUGCGAGGAAACAGAAGCAGAUGCUUAUGAUUCAGUUUUGCCAGAGUAUAAACCUCUUGAUGAGGAAGAUGCUCCAAAAGUCACUCUAAACUCAGCCAUAUCUUUAGUGAAUAGGUACUGUGCAAAACUACCUAGUGAUACUUUUACCAAACUAACUCCUGAAUGGAAGAUAAAUAAUAUCACAGUAGAAAACAAGCAGAUGUAUAUUUGCUCCUUGCGUCUACCAAUCAACUCUCCUUUGAAGUACUCUAUAUCAUCUUACCCAAUGCCAAAUAAAGCUUUGGCAAAGAGAAUGGCAGCUUUACAGAUGUGUGUCUGUCUGCACAAGGAAAAUGAGAUAGACGACUAUCUCCUACCCGUAGGCAAAGAAAACUUCAAGGCUCAUCCAGAGGACAGCGAGGUUCCAGCUUUGCCUGAUGACGAGAAUAUGGACCUAACCGAGGCCCGUCCAGGCACAACCAAACGUAGACAGUAUUACUAUAAGAAAAUAGCCGAUGCUCUGAUAGACUGCAAGCCAGAGCUUGAGGAGCCCUGUUAUCUUUAUCACAUAAACAUGGUACUCAGCUGUCCAUUGCCAGAGGAACAAAAUACGAGGGGAAGAAAGAUUUAUCCUCCAGAAGAGUCUGAUAUUGGUUUCGGUAUACUAACGCGUAAAAAGAUUCCGAAGGUUUGCCCUUUUCCAAUUUACACGAGGUCCGGCGAGGUACGUGUGGAUCUCAAACUUAGCAAAGAGACCGUCGUUUUGGACGAAUCUAAGAUAGACAAGGUCGUGUCUUUUCUUAAUUACACGUUUACGAACGUCUUAAGACUCCAAAAGUACCUGAUGUUGUUCGAUCCGAACGUCUCAGAGAACUCGUACAUAAUCGUUCCGGUGAAGAAGCAACCGAACGCUUCAGACAUUUGCGUGGACUGGGACUUUGUCGAGUGUAUCUACGCAAACCGCGACAGUAUGCCGAACCGCAUAUCUGAGGAAAAUCGGCAGAACUUCGUUUUUGAGGCGAGCAAGUAUCACGACGCUGUGAUAAUGCCGUGGUAUCGCAACCAAGACCAACCGCAGUAUUUUUACGUUGCCGAGAUCUGCAAUCAUUUGAACCCAAAGUCCAGCUUUCCCGGAGCAGAUUACAGCACCUUUGAGGAGUACUAUUCCAAAAAGUACGGCAUUCAGAUACAGAAUCUGGAACAGCCGCUUCUUGACGUUGAUCACACCUCUGCUAGACUGAAUUUUCUUACACCGAGGUAUGUGAAUCGUAAAGGAGUGGCGCUGCCUACGAGCAGCGAAGAGACAAAGCGAGCCAAGCGCGAAAACCUCGAACAAAAGCAGAUUUUGAUAGCAGAACUAUGCGCCAUCCACCCUUUCCCAGCCUCGCUCUGGAGACAAGCUGUUUGUUUGCCUUGUAUAUUAUAUAGAAUAAAUGCACUUCUAUUGGCUGAUCAGAUCCGCCGACACGUGGCCCAAUCUAUUAGCCUGGGCCAGGAAACGCUCGACGAGGAUUUCAACUGGCCGCCGCUCGACUUUGGUUGGAGUCUCGCUGAUGUGCUGAAAAAAUCCAAAGAGAACGAGAAAACUAACUCCAAUAAACCAGAGAAAGAAAAAUCCGAUAAGAUCAAGGAAGAAGCGCCAGCUGUAAAGGAAAAACCAGAGAAUAUAAAAGCGGAGCGGUUGGAUGACUCGGGCAACGACGAGAUGGAGAUCGGUACCUGGUCAAACGAAAUGGUAAAUAUGGCUCCUGUGGUUGUGGCCGACGCCGGCUUAGCUGUGCAAUCUAACUACGAGUGGGGAAAUAUAAGGUAUGGCUCUCCGACUUAUGACUCCGAAUUCGAUGACGCCUCGAUAAAUAGCAGCGACGACGAUUUUGGGGAUGACAGCGAUAGCGAUAGUCAAUACGAUAAAGAAGAGGGUCUCACGAUUGCUUAUACCGGGGACAAUGUCGCUGAGGCUUUCGACAAAAAGGGCAAAGCUUUUGAGGCUGAGAAAGAAAAACAGAACUGCGUCGAGCUCCAGGAAAAAUCAGAGCUGAUGCACUGGAACUUUGAGGGCGACUUGAGCGACGAGUUCUAUCAGCUGCACAGACUUGCCCAUAUAGAUAAGGCCAAAAUGAACGUGGAGAUAAUACUGAGUCAGGAUAUAUUUAUACCCUGCGACAAACCUGUUGCCUUCAAAAGAAAGACUUCGAAAGUUCUGAACAAUAGUUACGUCGAAAGAAAACACGAGGAAUAUGUAAGCGUAGUGUCAAAUUAUUUCAAGCAUGAGCUCAUCGAGUCUGCAAAGAAAAGGCGCAACAAACAAGGCCCCGCGGAGCUGACCAAGUUAGUGCCGAAAUAUAAUAAAGGUUCUUUCAGCUUUGACUAUCAACCGGAGCUUGAUGGACAUUCUGGUCCUAGCCCUAGUCUUAUUCUUCAAGCGUUAACGAUGUCGAACGCCAAUGACGGUAUCAACCUUGAAAGACUUGAGACAAUAGGCGACUCUUUUCUAAAAUACGCCAUCACGACCUAUUUAUUCUGCACCUACAACAAUAUCCACGAGGGCAAGCUAAGCCACUUACGUUCUAAGCAAGUUAGCAAUUUAAAUCUCUAUCGGUUGGGUCGGCAAAAAAUGUUAGGAGAAAGCAUGAUAGCCAGUAAAUUUGAGCCGCACGACAACUGGCUGCCUCCAUGCUACUACGUGCCAAAAGAGCUAGAACAGGCUUUGAUUGAAUCAGGAGUGCCUUCGGCUAUGUGGAACCAGGCGGACAUUCCGCCAUUUAGCCGUUUCAGCGAGAUCAACGAUCUUGUCCGCGAAACCGAGCAUAAGCUCGAGAUCAUCAAGAGCGAGCUCAGCCAAAGCGAGCACGGUGCUCUAAAUGGACUCAACGGCCUCACGGGAGAUCCUCUGCGCUCUUUCAUACCCUACAAUCUCAUAACGCAGCACAGCAUACCUGAUAAAAGCAUAGCCGAUUGCGUCGAAGCACUUAUAGGAGCGUAUCUCAUUGCCUGUGGUCCUCGAGGCGCCCUACUUUUUAUGAGUUGGCUAGGUAUUCACGUACUGCCCACUGAAGAGGUCGUCACAAUCUCGGACUCGAAGCCUACCGACAGACUUCCAGGAAGCACGCCCUAUGUCGAGCUUGGGGAAGAAGGCGGCAGCACAAAGUGGACACAGCUCAGGUAUAAGAAGCUUCAGGAGCCACCGAGUCCCUUGUUUUAUAAUGUUCCCCAACCUGAGAUCGAGCUAGAAAUAAUGUUGGAUGGCUACGACAGUCUCGAGCGGUCGAUUGGUUAUACUUUCAGGAAUAGAAGUUAUUUAUUGCAGGCCUUCACUCACGCCUCCUAUCAACCUAAUCGCUUGACCGACUGCUAUCAGCGUCUCGAAUUCCUCGGCGACGCCGUCUUAGACUACCUCAUAACACGACACCUGUACGAGGACCCAAGGCAGCACUCUCCUGGCGCUCUCACAGACCUUAGAUCAGCUCUGGUAAACAACACCAUCUUCGCAUCGCUGGCCGUACGCUGCGGCUUCCACAAGUACUUCCGACACCUAUCUCCAGGUCUGAAUACCGUGAUAGACCGGUUCGUGCGAAUCCAGGAAGAAAAUGGCCACUCUAUCAGCGAGGAGUACUACCUGAUAGGGGAGAGAGAAUUCGAGGAAGCUGAAGAGGCCGAGGAUGUCGAGGUACCCAAAGCCCUGGGUGACGUGUUCGAAUCCCUCGCCGGGGCUAUAUACCUGGAUAGCAACAUGUCGCUCGAUGCGGUGUGGGCGGUGUACUUUGAAAUAAUGAAGUCUGAGAUCGAGCAGUUCAGCGCCAACGUGCCCAAGUCGCCGAUUCGUGAACUACUGGAACUGGAGCCCGAGACAGCCAAGUUUGGAAAGCCGGAGAAGCUAGCCGACGGCCGGAGAGUCAGAGUCACGGUCGACGUUUUCGGCAAGGGCUCGUUCAAGGGUAUCGGCAGAAAUUACAGGAUUGCCAAGUGUACUGCGGCCAAGUGCGCGUUGAAAAAGCUGAAGAAGUCGCAGAGCUGCAUCAAGGGUAGGAAGUGAAAGAGCCGUGUUUUUUUGUUCAGUCAGUGAACGAUGCGCACAAAUAGUGUAACGGAUGAACAUUGAAAGUCGUGGCUAUGAAAGUAUUAGUGAAUUGGGUAAGAAAAUUUUGUGAUUCUUAAGUUAUGUUUGGAAGAGCCGAUGAUCGUGUAGUUUAUAAUGAUUGUAAGAACGAUGUUCGUAUACCAAUAUGAAAAUGCAUUUAAUAAUCAUGUGAUCGGACAAUAUACGCAUACAUUGAUAUUUUAUAUUAAAAAUCUAUUGUCGGAGUCACGCUGUACUAAAAAAAAUCGUAUAAUCAAAUGUAUGUAUGCGGGCAAAGAAAGUUUAGACUGAAUGCGUGAGGUUCGUUUCGAUGAAAGAGUGUUUAAGGGGGUCCGAAAGCCAACUUCUACCGACCGAGUCGACUGAACAAGUGCACGGCAGAAAAUGGUUUGAAACUAAAGAAGUACAAUGAAUUAUGAAAAACCAAGAGUUAGUUGCCCUUCCAUUUAUAAACAUCUAUCGGUGUGCCAAGUUUCAAAUAAAAAUAUUAACGCAAUAAUAAAUUUGAACGACAUUUGAACGAAAAUCAGUAACCGCAGCGUGCAUAUGCGAAAUUCUCAGCUCAGUUCAGUCGACUUGGUCAGUAAAAGUUAGGUUUCGGACCUCCUUAAGAAGGCGUGUUGCAUGAGAUUCUUAGUCGCACACUGUACAUACGCGCUUUUAAUGAAAAAAGUAUCCCGGUGUUUCCUUAUAAAUACAUAUAGCUGAAGAACUUUUUUCAUACCGUGUACAGUGUAAAAUAUUUCGCCACAACUCAAUUAUACACGAUGUUCGAAAUAUUCUAGGUUUAAAAUUUAAUUUGUUAUUUAGUUUUUUAUAUUUUCAUUAUAUAAUUUGUAGUUCAGAAUGCACGCAUUCUUUUGAAUAAACAUACUUAGUUUCUGAGAAUACGGCAA